AUGGUGCUUGUCUUUCUAUUAGUAAUUUUUAGUAUUGAAACUCAAGGAACAGUCGAAAAUUGUGUUAAUGAAUUUACGACGGGGAGAUGCAUAGAAUGCGAGCAGGGAUAUUCCCUCUCAGUGGUUAACAACCCGAAUGGUGGUGUACCACUCAUUAAUUGCUCUCCGUCGAACAGUACUGCCCACUGCGAGACUGAAGAGAGCGGCGUGUGUAAGAAGUGUGCAGAUCGAUAUUACUUGAAUAACAACAAUUGUCUUGAGUGUCCAUCGAACUGCUUGUUGUGUGAUCAAAGGUACUGCUUCAAGUGCAGUGCGUCGUACUACUUAUCGAUUGAUCAAAAGUAUUGCACACAAUGUACCGGGACCAACGCGAGUCAGUGCGGACAAUGCGACAAUGCGAAGUACUUUUCUAUGGAAGAAAAGAAGUGCAAAGGAUGUUCCGACAACUGCGCGAUGUGCACGGGAAGCGACAACUGUUUCCAGUGCACAAAUAAGUACUAUUUGAAUGGCACAUAUAACUGCCUCCUCAUCGAAAAUUGCGACCAAAACUAUAUCAAGCCGGACCAUUGCGAGAAGUGCAAGUCGGGGUAUCGUCUUGAGAUGGGGCAUUGCGUUCUAUGCACCACACAAAACUGUUCUGAGUGCUACUUGACCACAUUAAACAAUGAAAAGUGUAGGAGGUGUAAACCAAAUACCAUUCUUACUAAUGAAGGAGUCUGUAAAACAGCUGAUGAACUCCGUUGCAAAGAUGGAAGUGAGACGUAUGGAUGUCAGAGAUGUGUUGAUGGAUACUACUUAGACUCUCAAAUGUUGUGUACACAUUGCGACGAGAUAUGUGGGACAUGUAUCACUACCAAGACGAAUUGCUUGACUUGUAACACCAAAUAUUACUUCUCCAAUGGCACGUGUAUACCAGUUGAUCCAAAUUGUAAGAAAUACGACCAAAGUGGGUGUAAAGAGUGUAACAACGUGUUAAUCUCCACGGGCUAUUUUGUCGAUUCCACAACAAAAGAGUGUAUCCUCUGCAACGAGAAUUGUUCGCUCUGUGAAGGUGAAAAGGGACACUGCACGGCUUGUCUCCCAGGAUACUUAUUAACACCCGAUGUGAACAAUAAGUACUAUACAUGCGAGAAACAGGGCGACUCAUGUAAGAACUCAUCGAUGGGGUUCUGCACACAAUGUGCGGAGUCGUACUUUAUAGGCCUUGGGAUGCAGUGUAUUAAGUGCAAUACAAGUUGUGCGAGUUGUGAGUCUGAAACGGCGUGUUUGUCGUGUGCGUAUGAGUACUACCGAGGCUCUGAAGGCAAUUUGUGUUCGCCGUAUAGUGAAAUUAACAUGACGUGUGACGCGACCCCGACGGGAUGUGCCGGGAAGUGUAAGCCGGGGUUCUUUGCGCAGAACAGUUCACAAAUCAAUUGCACUGCAUGUGACCCGAAUUUACUCUGUAAGGAGUGUACGUACAAUGCUGAUAUAGGGAGUGAGCAGUGUAAGACAUGUAUGAAUGAGUCGUAUUAUGUGAAGGAUUCGUCGUGUGUGAGUUGUUCAAAGAUCUCCCAUUGUUUAAAGUGUAACAAAGAUGGAUGUGCGGAGUGUGAAGAUGGUUAUAAACCUGACCAAGACAGUUGUAACAAAGAUAACAACACCUUAAUCAUUUCAAUUAGUAUUGUAGUAGGGUUUGUCGUGUUACUGUUGUUGGUGAUCUUUGUCGCACUCAUCUCGUGGCGAAUUAUGCGACAAAAGAGCUCCGGGAAGAACGCUAAGCCGUUCAAAGUGACGAACGACUUGGAGCUUUCAUUGUUGGCUGCGGAUAAUAAGAACUUCCCAUUGAAGAUGAAGACGUGGGAGUUGAAUUUUGGCCUUGACAAGACAAAGGCGGUUGUCGAUGAGAGUUAUACGGAGACGAUUCAAAUCGCUAAUAUAACGAAGAAGACGUACUUCUUCGAGGUCCUUGCAACACCUUCACAUAGAUAUUCCCUCGAUAUCGAACCGCCACGAUACACCCUGAAAUCGAAUGAGGCGAUCACUAUAGAAUUUCGUAUUAAAAUGUUGUGUACGUCUGCCGUGAGUGACGACAUCGGGAUCAUCGCAAUGGACAUCGAAGGACAAAACAAGGAGACUGCCAAAGUCUCGUUGCUCAUUGAAAGUGAUUUGUCGCUGAAGUUGGACCACACCGAGUUGAUCCAACAACUUCCUCCAAUAGGGGAGGGUGGCUUUGGUAUAGUUUUUCGAGGGACGUAUAGAGGGCGUGAUGUUGCUAUUAAGAAGAUGAAGUCGCGGAACAUGACGGAGGAGCAAGAGAAGGAGUUCAAUCAUGAAGUCUCGAUGUUGAAGCAGUUGCGCCAUCAAUGUGUAGUUGAGUUCAUAGGUGCGGUGUAUACUGAGGGGGAGAUAUCUAUUGUGUCUGAAUUUGCUGAGUAUGGUGCGUUGAGUAAAAUAUGGGCGAAGAAUGCAGUUUCGUAUGAUCUUAAAGUGAAGGUAUUAGAUGACUUAGCAGUCGCUUUACAAUUCUUGCAUAACAACCAAAUCAUCCACCGAGACGUGAAGGGUGAAAAUGUCCUCAUCUUUUCACUAAACCCACAUUCCGCUGUUUGUGGAAAACUCACUGAUUUCGGGACUUGUCGAAACAUUUCAGACAGAAGUGUUUUGAAUAAAGACCUGACUCAAGGAAUUGGAACACCCACAUACAUGAGUCCAGAAUGUUUGAGCAACCAGAAAUAUAGUUACCCCGUUGACGUGUAUGCCUUUGGAAUUACUAUGUAUGAAACAUUCAUCGAAGGAGGCGCUUACACGGACGAAAAGGUGUUCGACCAACCCUGGAAGAUCCCACAAUUUGUGUCCUCCGGAAAAAGACUCGAACGACCAGACAAGAUGAACGACCAGUUCUGGGAACUCACCACGUCGUGCUGGGACCAAGACCCCGAGACACGACCAACAUUCACAGAUAUUCUGAAGACAGUCGAGGGAUGGAACUUAGACAUCAAGUACGCGCUUUUGCUCGAAAGCGACUCUCCAGAGUCGAGGACAAAUGUCGCAACAAGUAUUGUGAAGGACUAA